AUGCGCAACGGCAUCUGCGCGGCACUGCUGGCAUACUGCAUCUGGGGCUUCUCACCCUUGUACUGGCGGCUCCUGGCCGACGUGCCGCCAGACCAACUGGUCAUGCACCGCAUCGUGUGGUCGUUCUUGAUUGUGUUCGUGAUUGUUGUGGCGACGCAGUGGCAGGACUUUCGCCAGAACGCGCUCACAUGGUCCAACCUUCAACUGCACGGCACGGCCGCGUACUUUAUCGGAGCGAACUGGGCGCUGUUCGUGUGGGCGGUUAACUCUGGCUUUGUCGUGCAAGCCAGUCUGGGCAACUACAUCUUGCCGUUGGUCACGGUGCUUUUGGGUGUGGUCGUGCUACGCGAACACCUGCGACCGUGGCAAUGGUUCGCGAUUGGUCUGGCCGCUGUCGGCGUCGUCGUCGUGUCCAUUGGGUAUGGCGUCGUGCCGUGGAUUUCGUUUGCGCUCGCAACCACCGAAGGCAUAUAUGGCCUCUUCAAGAAGAAAGCCACGCUGCCGUCUCUGCAAGGCGUGGUGCUCGAAACGGGCGCGUUGUUUGUACCGGCGGUCGCCUACCUCCUGUACGCUGAAAGCCGGGGAGUUGGCUCGUUCGGCCAUGGAACUAUGGGCAAGAAUGAGCUUCUCUUCGGAGCUGGCAUCAUGGCCACGUCGUCGCUGGUCUCGUUCGGGUAUGCGGUGCUGCGCAUUCCGCUCACACUCACGGGCGUGCUACGGUAUAUCACGCCGACCAUUCAAGUGUGUUUGGCAGUGUUUGUGUACCACGAACCGUUCUCGACCGUCAACUUUGUCGGGUUUGUCCUGCUGUGGAUUGCACUGGCGAUCUUUUCCGUGCAAAGCUACUUCAAGCAUCAACAAGAGAUGCGGCGAAAGACCCAAGUGUCGCUGCUCUCGACUGCGUCCACGCAAACCGUGUACAAAAGCGUGUAGUAGUUAGUAUGUAGUAAUAGUACAAAUGUAGUUCACAUAGAAUAGUGUAUGUAGUACAUAGUACUAACGAUAUGUAACGUAGUAGAACUCGUCAC